AUAUAUCGUAGUAAAUCCAUUGAAAGAUUAGCAGUUUUCCUUUUUCCUCAAUGAGAAAUCAAAACGAUGGAUAAACGGAAGAGCUAUCUAUCUAAAAUAAUUCAUUCUUUUUCAAUACUACUUGAAAAUAUGUGUACAGUUAGAUAUGAUAUAUGUGUUUAUUUUUCUAAAAACAAACAUUAGAAACGCCAGAAUUGCCGUUAGACAUUCGAACAAUAGUUUUUUACAUUGCUUCUUGGAAUUGAAUUUUUGGUUCGGAGGUAUUAUCGCAUUUCCCAGAUUAGGUGAUUUGAGUUUUAUUAGAGAAUAGUAGCAAAGUGCGCCUGAGACACACUAGAUACUGAACAUUAUCGCAUUCCUUUAAUAACCCUCAAAAAUAAUUUGAGGUCUGAAUUUGAAUUUCCUCUUCAAACAAUUUGCUAUCCUUGUUUUGUUUUCUGUGAAUUUCACGGUCACACACAAAUGUCAGGCGAAAAAGGGUUAUAAAUAAUUACAAAAAUUGCGAAUCGCAGUAAAAGUUUUCAAACAGUUUUAGCAAAUAAUAACAACAGUAAAUUGCGUAUAUUUAUUUGCCACUUUUUAUUCACCAAUCGCCAUAAAUGAUACAAUAUAAAUCAAAAAAUAGUUUCAUGCAUUCCAAACCGAAUAAAUAAAAUGGAAGGAGAUUUAAUUUACUACGAAUUGAAACUGCAAAGUUUGUUGGAGAAAUUUCUUGAAACUGGAUAUCAUAUCAAAAAUGAUGUCUAUUUCAAUAGGCUGUUAUCUUUUCUUGGUGGUAAAGAGAAUAGGGAAUUAGCAGACAUUUUACUUAAGUUACCCUUAAUGACAGAAUGGAUUGUGAGAGCAAUUAAACUAUGGGAGAACGCAGCUCAAGGUCCAGAUCAUUCUAUAUCUGCGUUCACUCUUCAACUUUUAGGGCUGGUAUCAAAAAAUGAGAAUACUUUUAUGGAGCUCUCAAAACAUGAUGUCUAUAACAGAGUUAUAAGCAUAUUGCAACUUAAGAAUCCUGAAUCAUUGCCUUCUAUAAAACUAGGCUUCAUCAAAGUUAUGACAUCAAUUAUUUCUCAUACUUCGGGUCUUGCAUGGACAAUUCAGACAACAUAUUGGCAAGACAUUCUUGCCUUGAGCCUACAAUGUCAAACAGUUUAUAUCAAGAAAGAAGGCCAUUUAUUCAUUGCAUCAUUUUUGGAUGCCCUACUGAAGCAUGAUCUAUACAUGUGCUCAAAUAUUUGGCAGACUCUUACCACACCCUUGUUGACAAAGCCUGAUGAUAUCUUCAUGAUUCAAGAAAAUCUCUUUGAAGUCUGUGAUGAGAAAAUUGAGAAGUUUGUUGGUCCAACAGUCAGUUUGAUGAAUGAUAUAUUAGAAUAUUUCAUUGAAAAAAUAUUGGAAAGAGAUAGCCCCCACGUUAAGAAUUUCAAGAAAAUAAUAAAUAUUCCUACGUUGGUUACUGCCAUCACAAAUUAUUUACAUAUGGUUAGAAAUCAAAAGACAACAUAUGAAAUAGGGCGUGUGUGGAUUUUACUAUUAUAUUUCUCGUUAGUAGCAGAAGAGAAGGAUGGUAUUAUAAAGCCAAAUAUCGAUAAAGAAUUCAUAGAACCUAUAUAUAGCCUCUUAAACAUUGUGCUGGAAGGAUCGAAAUUUCUUUGUAUCUCGAAAUUUUUAUUUGUUGUUUCAGUUUGGUGGUUUAAAAUAAAGAGUAAAAUCACAGUUAAUUAUGUGAUAGAGUGUGAUGAGCGUUAUAUAUUUGAGAAUCAAUUUUUGAUUCCUCAGUUAGCACACAACUACUUGUUCUGCAGAGCUGUUAUAUAUAAGCAUCAUUUUGAACCUCCCACUGAAGCAAGGGAUGAUUUUGUGACAAACCUUUUCACACUGAUGAGUAAAAACUCUAUAAGGUGGUGUUAUAAAUGGAGAGAUUCUCUGCCAUCCGAGGAGGUUGCAUACAACAUUGGCCCAAAAGCUCUUUCUUUUGUACUCCAGUUGAAAUCAGUAUUGAAUAGGGAUAGUGCAGUGCUGGUGUUCCAAUCACUUCUUUAUGUGCUGGUCGAUAUAAAUUCAAUUCUGACUAAGAAUAUACACUUACUCCCAGUGUUCUCAAAAUGUGAGGCUUACAUUAAAUCAUUCCUGGAAACCCUGACGGAAUUCAUCGUCCAUUUCAAGAUAUCAUGGAGGGAUAGCAUUGAAUCUUUAUGCGUGUUUCAGGCAAGUGUGGAAUUCUUGAAGAUAGCAGAGUGGCCUUCAACACUGGUCAUAGCAGAUUUGAAUUUGAUUAAAGUGGGAAUAAAUCAUUACUUGUCACCAAGCAUGGCCCUUUUGAUAGAUCAACAUCAUAAUUGUGCUAUUUACAUCUUAUGUUCUAUACUUAAGAAUAAGUUGCAUGAUCCUGAAUGGUCUGUGAGGGACACUGCUCUGGAGGUUGUGUCAGCUUUCGCUGAAGCUGCUAGAAUUGAGUUUCAAUCUUUCCAAAAACUUUUAUUGAAUUUUGAAUUGUGCCCCCUGGUUUUAAAUGUUGCCCUUCAGGAUGGUGAAAGUUUUGUGAGAGCAUCUGCUCUCAAAUGUCUUUCACGGCUGGUCAAGAUACAUGCCUUCUGGAAAGAUCAUCUUGAAAGUCAAGACAUCGUUAAAAAAAUCAUGGUGGUGCUCAAUUGUGAAACAGAGGGUAUAGUACGAGCCCAAGCAGCUACUCUACUUACUACCAUCUUCAAUUAUCAUGAUAUCGAGACAUCAGUUCAGAAAGAAAUAUUUACAUGUAUGUGUUCAGCCGCAAUUGAUGAUCUACAUUGGGAAGUUCGCUUGAACUGUUUAUCCUUCUGGAACGAUAGAGUUGAACAGGUUUUGAAGCAUCAGGGUAUGGUGGAUGGCGAAUUUCCAAAAUGUACUUUCUCAAAAGAAACGAAAAAAAUCGUUAUACUAACAGAUGUAGAAAUAAAGAGGAGGAUUAUGCGAGCCUUGGAUGAGCUGAGUGAAAUGAACUGUUUGACAGUUUUGAAACAGGCUAUUUCCGAUGAUUGCGAUUUGCAAAUUUCUAAAAAAGGAUUAGAAGUAUCCAAAGUACUAGUUGAUCUCAUUGAAAAAUAUAAUAUCGCCGAAAAUAUUAUUUUGGAUGAAAAGGGACCUCCCAGUAACGAUUCCUGCUAUUCGUCCAUUGUUCCUUCUACACCGAGCCCAUCGUGUCAAAAUAGCGAUGAGGUUAUUGAAAAAAUUCUCGAAGUUUCCGAUAAUUCCUUAUUGAAAGAUGUUUACUCUCCAGGAAAUGAUUAUCCCAUGAACAUCAGACAGAAUAAAAUUGGAACUAGAAAAAAUGUUACCAGUGCUGAAUUCAUUAUCUCGACUAAGAAAAAUUAUAAAUCCCUGGUUAGUGAAAGGGAGAAAUGGAUCAACUCAUUGGAUUCGUUGAGUUCAUUACUCAACGAUAUGUUGUAUAAUUAUGAAUUAGUUGAUACAAACUCUAUGGACUGUUAUUGAUGUUCUCUUUUCCUAAUUUGCUGAGGUAUUUGUUUUAAUCUCAGAUAUUCCAUUUCUGAUUUGAUUACCUUUUUUUUAAUGAUUAGGUUUUGACAAAAGAAAAUAGAAAUUUCACAUAGGAAAAGAAAGUGGAAAAAGGUUUUCCUCUUUAUUUCUGCUUUUUUUAAGUUGAAACUCUAGCAGAAUAGUGAAAUUCUACUCUUAAGUUUCAAUUCUAUUUAUGGUUUUAGGCAAGAAUGUCCAUAUAAAUAAUUGUCGUAAUAUAGUUUCAUGUUGAAAUAUAUCUUUUACCUGUGUCUGUAUCAACUUUUUUUUUCUGUUUUUUUUAUCAAACUUUAUUUUGCGUUUAACUACCUUGUUAUCUACUUUUUGUUGGCUCUAGAUUUUAGGUUAAAUGUUGUCUCCUAAUCUUUUUGACUUAAUGGUUUGAUUUUGAAUUCAUAUCAUAAUUGAUUGUAAAAUUGAAACAAUUCAAUUCUCUGGCAAAGAGGAUGAUUUGAAGACAACUUCUUUCUAUUGUGUUAAGCUCCACUGCUCUUGCAAGAAUAUUUUUUUAUCGUUCCCCUCCAGAUAUGUUUUUUAUUUACUUUGAAUCACAUUCCUACUGAAGGGGAGUUUUUUUGAAUUUUACUUAUAACCUGGCAUUCGACGAAACAGGGUAAUAAUGUCGUUAAUUUUUUUAUUAUAUUGUCAACAUAGUUUAUUUAAUGAAUAAUAGAAUGUUACGAUAAGUCUGUGAUUAUGAUAAAUUUUUUCAAUUGAAAAAACCAGAAAGGCCUUAUAUUUUGUAAGAAUUAUACUUUUGUCCAAUAAAUGAGGUAUUUCUAUAAA